AUGGUGACAGUUGAAACAGCCCAAAGCAUGGGAGAAACGCCCGAAGUCCAGGACGACGAUGCCUCCGCCGUUGAUAGUGUUGCCAUCCUGUUUCUCUCCUUCUAUGUGGUCUUCUGUUUCAUUUGUAACUACUACUGGGCACUUCAGGUUUGGGAAUACUUGUGUGACUUGUGCAACUGCCGCUGGAGUCAAAGGUUGAUCAACCUCAUCAUCCCACAUUGGUACAUGUAUGUCUGUCUACUCGGGACACCUGUUCUCGGCUAUGGUACAUUUGGCAUCACUGGGGCAGUGGUGUUGUCCUUCUUUGGGGCCAUGGUCCCUUAUUGUGUCUUGUACCGGUACAAUGAAAGACACAGCAGUGCAUCGCGGCGGUCCACCCAAAUCACUGCAGCUUCACGUCGGUCUGUCACGGAAUCAUCCAGUCAUGACAUUGAAGGUGCAACAAGUACAUUGUCCGACAAGUAUCUCGAAAGCAAUCUGCACUUCCAUCAGUUUGUGCAGAGUAAUAGCCCCCAUGAGGAUAUUGGAGAUGAGGCGGCUGAUAUGGACGAGGACGCAGAUCCUUCAAAGCUCAGCAGCAACAAAGAAAGUGUGGAAUCAGAUCACAACGCCCACCAUGAAUGUGCUGUUUGCUUUGAUGACUACCAGCACAAUGAUGUACUUUGCAGGUCUCCAAAUCCAGACUGUCACCACUCCUUCCACAAAACUUGUGCUUUUGAAUGGCUGAGAAAGAACAACAUGUGCCCUGUUUGUCGAAGACGCUAUGUUGGGGAUUUUCCAUCAUCAUCAUCAGCAGCAGCACCAGCGACCAACGAACAAGAUCGAGAGUAA